AUGAAAUCUAAGAAGCAGAAGGAAAAAGAGUACGUUUCAAGCAUGGUAUACAACUUGUGGAAAGCCAUAAAGAUGGGCUUAUUGAAUGUCACAUAUCAGGUUGUGGGAGGAAAAAUGACUGAUUUAGGACGUCUUGGUGCCUUCAUCACCAAAGUAAAGAAGGGUAGCCUAGCAGAUGUAGUAGGACAUCUAAGAGCAGGGGAUGAAGUUCUAGAAUGGAAUGGUAAACCCCUGCCUGGAGCUACAAAUGAAGAAGUUUACAACAUUAUUUUAGAAUCAAAAUCAGAACCUCAAGUUGAAAUUAUUGUUUCAAGGCCUAUUGGUGACAUUCCAAGGAUUCCCGAGAGCUCCCAUCCUCCAUUAGAAUCUAGUUCAAGUUCUUUUGAAUCUCAAAAGAUGGAAAGACCUUCCAUUUCUGUUAUUUCUCCAACUAGCCCUGGAGCACUAAAGGAUGCCCCUCAGGUCUUACCAGGACAACUUUCUGUGAAGCUGUGGUAUGACAAAGUUGGACAUCAACUUAUUGUAAAUGUUCUUCAGGCAACUGAUCUACCCCCUCGAGUGGAUGGACGACCCAGGAAUCCCUAUGUGAAAAUGUACUUUCUUCCCGAUAGAAGUGAUAAAAGUAAAAGGAGGACCAAAACAGUAAAGAAAGUCCUAGAACCAAAAUGGAACCAAACAUUUCUCUAUUCGCAUGUGCACCGCAGAGAUUUUAGAGAACGAAUGUUAGAAAUUACUGUAUGGGAUCAACCAAGAGUACAAGAAGAAGAAAGUGAAUUUCUUGGAGAGAUCCUUAUAGAGCUGGAGACAGCCUUGCUAGAUGAUGAACCACAUUGGUAUAAACUGCAGACACACGAUGAAUCUUCGCUACCUCUGCCUCAGCCAUCACCUUUCAUGCCAAGGAGACACAUCCAUGGAGAAAGCUCUAGCAAAAAACUACAAAGAUCUCAGCGAAUCAUUGAUAGUGACAUCUCAGAUUAUGAGGUUGAUGAUGGUAUUGGAGUAGUUCCUCCAGGUUAUAGGUCAAAUACUAGAGAAAGCAAAUCUACAACUUUAACUGUGCCAGAACAGCAAAGAACAGCUCAUCACCGCUCACGAUCUGUAUCUCCUCACCGUGGUGACGAUCAGGGCAGGCCCCGUUCCCGGUUACCAAAUGUGCCAUUACAGAGGAGUUUAGAUGAAAUUCAUCAAGUAAGAAGGUCACGUUCUCCAACUAGACACCAUGAUGCCUCCCGAAGUCCAGUUGAUCACCGAUCCAGGGACAUGGAUAGUCAGUAUUUAUCAGAACAAGAAAGUGAGCUUCUUAUGCUGCCCAGAGCAAAACGAGGACGAAGUGCAGAGUGCCUACAUACGACCAGACAUUCUGUUAGGCACUAUAAAACUUUACCAUCAAAGAUGCCUUUAAUAGAGAAUGGCACUCAUUGGAAUAUUUACAGCUCAGUUCUGCCUGCAUGUGCUAAGAUCCAAUCAAUGGUUAGACAGGAUAUUUCUCUUCUUGAUGACUGCCUUAAUGCACAAGAAUUGAGAUUUCCUGAUGAAAUAUUGUUUAAAAGGAAAUGGAAUGAACUACAGCCCUCCCUUGACAGGGCUAGGAGUGCUAGUACCAACUGCUUGAGACCAGAUACUAGUUUGCAUUCACCAGAACGAGAAAGGCAAUCUCGAAAGUCGGAAAGAUCUAGCAACCAAAAACAGACUAGGAAAAGCAAUGCAUCUGAUGCUGAAAGAAUACACCAACAAGGAAGUCCAGGACAGUCUCCUCCUGCAGACACAGCCUUCAGUAAUCGUAGGGGAAGACAGCUCCCACAGGUUCCAAUAAGAAGCGGCAGUAUAGAACAAGCAAGCUUAGUAGUGGAGGAGCGAACAAGACAGAUGAAAAUGAAAGUACAUCGCUAUAAACAGACAACUGGGUCUGGUUCUAGCCAAGAACUUGAUCGAGAGCAAUAUUCCAAGUAUAACAUACAUAAAGAUCAAUACAGAAGCUGUGAUAACGUCUCUGCCAAAUCAUCAGAUAGUGAUGUCAGUGAUGUGUCAGCCAUUUCCCGAACCAGCAGUGCCUCACGUCUCAGCAGCACAAGCUUUAUGUCAGAGCAAUCUGAGCGCCCCAGGGGUAGAAUCAGUUCAUUUACCCCUAAAAUGCAAGGCAGACGGAUGGGAACUUCAGGGAGAACCAUCACAAAGAGCACAAGUGUGAGUGGAGAGAUGUACAAACUGGAGCAUAAUGAUGGAAGCCAGUCAGACACAGCUGUUGGCACAGUUGGAACAGGUGGAAAGAAAAGGAGGUCCAGCCUUAGUGCCAAAGUGGUGGCCAUAGUAUCUCGGAGGAGUAGAAGCACAUCUCAACUUAGCCAAACAGAAUCUGGCCACAAGAAAUUGAAGAGCACCAUACAGAGAAGCACAGAAACCGGAAUGGCAGCUGAAAUGAGGAAGAUGGUACGGCAGCCAAGUCGAGAAUCUACUGAUGGCAGCAUUAAUAGUUAUAGCUCGGAAGGGAACCUAAUAUUUCCUGGAGUCCGAUUGGGGGCUGACAGUCAAUUCAGUGAUUUCCUUGAUGGACUAGGACCAGCACAGCUUGUUGGACGACAAACACUAGCAACUCCUGCUAUGGGUGAUAUACAGAUUGGAAUGGAAGAUAAAAAAGGUCAGUUAGAAGUAGAAGUCAUCAGAGCAAGAAGCCUCACUCAAAAACCUGGUUCCAAAUCUACACCUGCACCAUAUGUCAAAGUGUAUCUUUUGGAAAAUGGAGCAUGCAUAGCAAAGAAGAAAACAAGAAUUGCCCGAAAAACCCUGGAUCCUUUGUAUCAACAGUCCCUUGUUUUUGAUGAAAGUCCACAGGGUAAAGUUCUUCAGGUGAUCGUCUGGGGGGACUAUGGGCGAAUGGAUCAUAAAUGUUUCAUGGGUGUGGCUCAGAUUCUUCUGGAGGAACUCGAUCUAUCCAGCAUGGUAAUAGGAUGGUAUAAAUUGUUUCCACCAUCAUCAUUGGUGGACCCAACGCUGGCACCCUUGACUCGCCGGGCUUCCCAGUCAUCUCUGGAAAGUUCAACUGGACCUCCUUGCAUUCGAUCAUAG